AUGGGGGCUGGGUUUUUCUCCCUUGUGCCUCGGGAAUACGAUAUCAAGCUCCUCCCUCUCUGUCAUCCUCGUGGGAUAUUUGGUCCCCCGCCCCAAAACGAUCUCGCCGUCCCCCCCAAGCCGCUCGCCUCUUCCCUACUUCCCUAUUAGCAUUAUUAGGCCACGCUCAGCUUGAAACCAUUAUCGAGUUGUUGAGCUUGUCCCGCCCGGAUCAGACUCGACCAAACCUAAGAAGCAUACGAUGGGGUCCAAUCUCAUUCACCACCCGGACGGCUGGGUCGGGACAACGCCGUGGUGGAAAGACGCGGUCUUCUACCAGGUGUACCCGGCCAGCUUCAAGGACUCCAACGGCGACGGCUGGGGCGACAUACCGGGACUCAUCUCCAAGAUCGACUACCUCCAUCGGCUGGGGGUGGACGUGGUCUGGCUGUCACCCAUGUUCGAGAGCCCGCAACAGGACAUGGGGUACGACAUCUCGGACUACCAGGCCGUCCAUCAGCGGUACGGGACGCUGGAGGAUGUCGACCGGCUGAUCGAGGCCUGCCACAGCCGCGGCAUGAAGCUGAUUCUCGACCUGGUGGUCAACCACACGUCGGACCAGCACCCCUGGUUCAAGGAGUCGCGGUCGUCCAAGACCAGCCCGAAGCGUGACUGGUACAUCUGGAAGCCGCCGCGGUACGACGGCGAGGGCAACCGGAUCCCGCCGACCAACUGGCGCGGCUACUUUGCCGGCCCGACCUGGACGUGGGACGAGGGGACGCAGGAGUACUACCUGAACCUGUACGGGCCCUUCCAGCCGGACCUGAACUGGGAGAACCCGGAGUGCCGGGCGGCCGUGUACGACGAGGCCAUGCGCUUCUGGCUGGACCGGGGCGUGGACGGGUUCCGGAUCGACACGGUCAACAAGUACUCGAAGCGGACUGACUUCCCGGACGCGCCCGUGACCUGCCCCGGGGUGGCGCACCAGCCGGCGCCCGAGAUGUGGUGCAACGGCCCGCGCAUCCACGAGUUCAUCCGCGAGAUGCGGACGCGGGUGCUGGCGCCGUACGGGGCCGUCUCGGUGGGCGAGCUGUCCAACACGCCGCGGCCGGAGCAGGUGCUGCCGUACGUGUCGGCGGCGGCGGGCGAGCUCGACAUGGCGUUCGAGUUCAGCACGAUCCGGCUCGGCACCGGCGACCUGUUCCACGGCAAGUACAUCUACCGGCCCUUCCCCCUGUCGGCGCUCAAGCGGCUGGUCGAGACGUGGCAGACCUUCACCGAGGGGACGGACGGCUGGCACACCGUCUUCUGCGAGAACCACGACAACGGCCGGGCCGUGUCCCGGUUCGGCGACGACAGCACGCCGGAGCUGUGGGAGGCCAGCGCCAAGACGAUCGCGCUGUGGCAGGCCACGUCGACGGGGACCCUGUUCCUCUACCAGGGGCAGGAGAUCGGGAUGCGGAACAUGCCGGCGAGCUGGGGCAUCGAGGAGUACAAGGACGUCGAGAGCGUCGGCUUCUACAACGAGGCCGUCGCCACGGGGGACCAGGACCGCGUCCGGGCCACGCUGCACGGCCUGGGCAUCCUGGCCCGGGACCACUCGCGCAUCCCGUUCCAGUGGGACGACUCGCCGAACGCCGGCUUCACCGACGAGGGCGUCACGCCCUGGAUGCGCGUGCACGACCAGUACCGCGAGCUGAACGCGGCCAAGCAGGCGGCCGACCCGGAAUCCGUCCUGGGGUUCUACACCAGGAUCCUGAAGCUCCGCAAACAAUACCGCGACCUGUUCACGCACGGGAGAUUCAGGCUCCUCGCCCCCGACGACGAGGCCCUCUUCAUGUACGUCAAGGAAGGCGGCGCGGACGGGGACGGGGACGGGGACGACGACAAGAAGAGGAGGAAGGCGCUGGUGGUCAUGAACUUCAGCAGCUCCGUCCAGCAAUGUCCCGACAUCAGCGGCGCUCUGGGUUGCCGCGAGGGAGAGGCGAGCCUGCUGCUGAGCACCGUCCGGUCCGGGAAGUCGGCGGCUUCCGACGGGCUCGGGCCCGGCCUCCGAGGCAGCGAGCUGAGCCCUUGGGAAGGAAGGGUGUAUCUGAACUUUAAGCCGUGACUUGCCGCUGUGCAGUAGGCUCCUGCCUAAUUACACUUCAUGAGGUGUGCACAGUUCAUGAGGUGCCUGGUAAGUUGAGGGAUGAAGUUUAAUGGGAAAGGAACGGGGAAGGAAUUUUCCGUGCCAAUUCAUUCAGACACUACGACUAAUGCUUUACGCGCAACAUGUUGUUGUUGUUGUGGUGGUGGUGGUGGUGGUGUGCAGGUAUAGUGUAGAAACGUCAAUCGGUUUCCAUGCCAGGCACGCCACAGAUGUGAAACGGUGGAUUAAUUUUAUUUUUUUGUCGUG